GUUCCUAAAUCGUUGCUUAGUGCACAUAAACAGAAGAUAAGAUCAUUGACUUUACCUGUAUAUUGAGUGCAAAUGAAAAACACGCGCAUGUAUACGCGUUCGUAAUACAGGUUUUUAUAUAAGUAACCCAUAUUUAAUUAUGGCGACGGGACAUAUAUUGCCAGGAUUUGGCCAACCAGUGACAAAUCUGAGAAGAGCUAAAACAGCGUUUCCUUUGGAUAAGACAAUGUUGAAGGAGCAUGCUUUAUUAAAUGUCCCAAGGCCAGAUGUGAGAGAACUAAGACACAUCAGAGAAAACGCACGACAUGUGUGGUCCGCCAAACCUACAUAUGCCACAUCAUAUAACUGCCAUUAUGAAGGGAGAUCAUUGGAUGAACAGACAAAAUCCAGGCCAACGUCACCAACAAGAAAAAAUAAGCCUCAUCCACCUCUAGUGUUUUUGACAAAUAGACUUCAUUACAUUGAUGGCCUCCAAAAUCCUGAUGCUACUCUGGGGAAAGAUGUCUAUAGAGUGGAUGGAGUUGUGCCUGACGAUGAAUACAUCAGGAGAAGACUAAUCCGUGAGAAAUACGUCGCACGGCCACAAACAGUAGCGAUUAACCAAUAUGCUGAUGAUGGUUUGAAAGAAAUUUUCCCUGCAACAGAAGCACAAGCAGCAAGUGCCUGGCUAAAAAUUGCAGAUGAUAAAGAUAAGUUCCAACUCAUGAAUAUGAUGCAGGAUGAACGAACAAGAGCAUCUAAAGAACAGAACAAGAAGUUACAAUCACCAGUUCCAAAGCUGGAGAGAGCAAACACAGACAUGCCCUCGCUACACAGGUGGAUGAAAAUGGCGGGAGCUGAUGAAAGCAAUGCGUUAAAUAAAGUUCUUCAGUCCAUCCGGACCAACCCUGAUCAUCAGUUAUCUUCGCGAGUUGGCUCCACUUCCGGAUCUUUGAGAGAGAGACGUACCAACGAGAUUAACUCCAUGAGGCGUAUUCGAUUUGUUCCCCAGGCAACUCGCGGAGAGUUCUUAAUGCAUCCUGAUUGGCCCCCAAACAUUCCUCAUCAUCAUGUGCCUUGAGUGACCCUGAAUGACCUUUUGUGACCUUAGUGACCCCUAGUGACAACGGAAUGACCAGUGAGUGACCAGUGGUCAUGCACUCAUUAUGUGUGGUAACUAAUGCCUAGAGGCUAGUUUAUGUGUAUAAAUUUAAACCGGAAAAUAGUUUAGAAAGAUUUACCACCAAAACUUAAUAGUUUACCAUUUAAGACUGCCUUUCAUGAUCUGUACAAACAGUAGCCAUUUUGUCAUCUGUACACCUGUCAGCGAGUCAAAACUGAAAAACUGGAGACUCAAGUUUGCAGCCUGGCUUCAGGAAAUAGAGAUGUUUUGAAAAUUAUUUAAGUUCAAUCAGAGACUUGUAUAUCACAGAGAUUGGCAGCAUAAGUAAGUCUCGCUCCAUAUCUCAUGCCUCAAUUGUUAUCUGGAGCGGAAGCUUUGUGUCGCGAGAUUUGGCUGUACACCUGUGCCAGUGACAUACACGUCUCUGAUUCAAUUACUUUGAUGCUUAAUCAUCUUUUUAAAACAUCAUUUUCUGUUACUUAUAAUUCAGUAUUAAUAAUAAUCAGAUUUAAGGAAUAAAAACAAUAAAAUUAUUUCAUUUUCAAUAAUCUGGGCCAGUUCAAGACCAAUUAUGUACCUGCAUGAGACUGCCAAUUUAUUUCAAAAGAUUCCAGUCCAUAUUUUUCCAGGUUUGACAGGUGUGCAUUUGUUUGAAAGCACUUUAUUUUCAUUAUUAAUAAAUGCAUACUGUAAAGAUUGAUAGUUUCAGAUGAUUUUUUUUAUUAUUGUUUUAAAAGACAACAUAAAGAUUUGCUUUUGAACUUUUGGUAAAACCACUAAAACUUGAGGCAUAGAAAAACCAAAUCUAUACAAUUCUAGUAUAUUGUAUGUUUGUAUUUUUGUUAAAUAUCCAGACCAUAUAUAUCAGACAGAAUGCAGCAUUAUAGCGGUUGUGUCUUUUUUAUGUCCUUUUACCUUUAAAUGUUUCAUCCUUUAAACUCUUAUGAAUUAAAAUCAAUAUAUAACCUUCUCUGCAAUCUUAAACUUGUAAAAAAAAAAGAGAUUUCAUUUAACAUUUUUUUGUUGGGUGUCUGCUUCUGAAGUUCCAAUUUAAACAAGGGAGAUAAUAAGCUGUUGAAUGAAUGCAGAUAAAAUUUCUUUCAAAAAACCUGGACAAUCUACAUGGAAUAUUAAAGAGAAUCAUGAUAAAUGUAAUUUACUGAGAACAAAGAUUUCUUUGCAGUUCUUUGCUAUAUUGACAAUGCUUUAAUCCAUACCUAGAAUAUAUUUUCUUAAUCAUCAAAAUUUUACAGAUAUUUACAAAAAUGUCUGCUUUAAAAUCUUAUCAAUGUUACUUUACACAUGCAUAUUUCAUAAAGCUUUUAAAUGAACCAAUGCAGUUUUAUUAAGUGAUAUAUUUAUAUAAACUUUCUAGUCUCUUUUUACAUAUAUCUAUAUAUGAUAUACUUGACUCUGUUUUAUAUAUUUUAUUACAAAUAUAUGGAGAAGCUUAUUGAAAGAUAGUAACCCUUAUACUGUAUGCAGAUGAACACAAAAAAUCUUUGAUGAUGAAACUACUGUACUUUGUUGUUAGGCACUUGUUAUAUUAUGUCACUAAAAUCUGAUAUAAUGUUGACUAUUGACAGAUAAUUAAGUACCAUACUAUUUUUUAAUCAGUAUUUUAAAGCCUAUAAUAUAUACCUUCACGAAGUUAAUUUUCGCACAGAAUUCCAUCAUACCUGGCCUUGAAGUUGCAGGUAUACCAUAUGCCAAAAUGGUGAAAUCUUCCAAUCAUGAUAAAAUGCCAUAAUCUUGAUUUACAUACCAAAUUCUGAGUAUUUUUUGUAAAGAAUUAAAAUUUUAUUUUGUGGGUGUUUACAAAUGUUCUACCAGAUAUUGUGCCUUUUCAUUUAAUUUGAUUUAUUUGUAAUCAUACAUAAGAUGUGCCUGGGAAAGUCAUUUUUUGUUUGAUACCAAUUGAUUUUGAUAAAAGAAAUAAAGAAUUAUAGUAAUAUGAUACCGUAUAAUUAUUGUCGUACAAAUGUAUUCUUUUCAGUGUCUGAAUCUAUAUUGUACAAGUUGAUUAUAUUGUUCAUGAAUGAUGUAAAUCGCUUAUAUUUCGCGUGUGAUUUAUGUUCGCGUUAAUGCGCAAGGAGAGUCAAUCGCGAAUUCAGAUCAGUCGAAAAUAACACUUAGAUGGAAGCCAAGCUAUUUGUCACUAGGAAUUUAGGAAUAUUACAGAGUCUGAUUCUAAAAGCGCAUCAUUCUUGAAUUUAAAGUGAUUUCAAAGAUUAACGUUUGCGAAAUCAUGUUUUCGCUUAAUAAAGUAAUCGAGAAAUCUCUGUGAUUUACAAUUGUACAAAAUUAUAGUAAAAAUUGUUCCUUUGUGAUUUAAAAAAAAAAUGGAAAAUAUAUCUAUUUUGCAAAGCUUUAUAUAUUUGGUAAAAAAUCUAGUUAUCGUACGGUAUUGUUUGCUUUUGAAUGCAGUUAGAUCUGCGCUUCUUUGCCUCACUGAAAUUCAUCUUUGGAUUCCCACUUUCAAUAUACACUUCAUGUAGUGCAAUCAACCGUGGGUGUCCGAUGAUGAAUGAAAUGCAAAAAUAGGUUAAUUUGCACGUGCUUUCAGCUGAUGUUGUAAUAGUGCCUUGAUGAUAGAUUUUUGUCAAUUCAUCAAAUGAAAAUAUAUAUAUUUUUUUAAAAGUUGUUUGCUGAUUAUUUUAAAUGGGGUAAUUAACAAAGUAUUAUUUUUAGCAUAAUUUACUUGUUAUAUGCUUUAUAUAUUAUAUUGCCUAAUAAGUACAUAUAUAUAGAGGGAAACAUAUGUAUUAUAUAUUCUUUUGUUAUUCAUGAAUAUUUAUUCGUUGGUCUUUUGGGUUUUGAGUGAAAUAACGGGUUUUCUAUAUUUUAAUCAGUGACCUUGCAUGAUUUGGUAGAGGACACGGUCGAAUUGUGAUCCUAUUGGUUAGGAAUGUUGUCGGAUUAUCAUCUGAAGAAAGCUGAGAAAACUAUUGGUUAGUACUUCAAUUGGUUAAAUUGUACCUAGUUGGAAAAUUCUUUGAUUGGCUUAGAACAUGACUUCAUCUUUCUCUGAUUCGCUGAAAUAUAGUUGGAUAUCAUCUGAUUGGCUGAAAUGUAUUUGGAUAGUCUUGUUACUGGCUGAAAUAUAAUUGGAUAAUCUCUGAUUGGCUGAAAUAUAAUUGGAUAAACUCUGAUUGGCUGAAAUGUAAUUGGAUAAACUCUGAUUAAAGAAAAACAGUUUAAUAACCCCUGAUUGGUUAAAAUAUAAAAGUCACAUUAGCGUUGAGUAAAUCCUUGCUGGUCGUGUUGAACUUGGCAACUACACAAUCUGUAAAAAUGUUUCUUUACCAUAAUUUAUUCCUGAUGAAUCAGAUUUGACAUAAACGUUUAUUGUAUACAGUACUUCAGAGUCGAUAAUAUGGAUCAUUAUCAGUAUGUUUGAAAAUCAUAAAUUCAAUAAUAUGGUGGUUGGAUAAAAAUAUAUAUAUAUAAGUGGGAUACAUAUAUACUGUUUGUGGUGAGAUAGGGUUAACUAUGGAUGAUGUAUCAGGGGAAAUAAUUAUAACCAUCUUAUAAUAACGAUAUAUAUUAUAUAUUCAUAUUUAAAUGUGUUUUUAUUAUUUUAGUACUGAAAUUGACUCAACCUAUUUGUGAUGCAUUUUUUCUAUUCAGUCCGGAAUUUUGAUCAGUCCCAUCAGAAAUAGAGUGACUUUUUAGUCGCGACGAUAUAUUACUAUAGAAUGGUCUUAUGUUGUUGGUAAAAUGUGAAUGUAUAUUUGUGGAGUAAUUUACAUGUAUUCAAGAGUGUUAGAACAUUGAAGUGUCUUUCCCGUAUCUUUAUCUUCCCAUUAAGAUGUCCGAAAAGCUUAUGCAUUGUCAUGUCAAAAUACAAUAAACAACCCCCAAAACAGUCAA